GUGUAUGUGUGUGUGUGGGAGGGGGGUGGACACCCCAAAGUCCCGUCCCACCGCAGGACCCCCCCAAAGGGCUUUGAUCCCUGCUCUCCUUCCUGCACAGCCCUGCCUCAAGCGUCUCCCCCCGCAGGGUGGCAGGGUGUCAGGGGAUGUCUGAGCGGGGUGACAUCCUGCUCCGCGGGUGUGGGGACAGCCAGGCACCGCACGGGGGUCCAGGAAGAAGCGGCGGUGCCGGGGGCUGCCCCUGUCCCCCCGGGGCCAUGUGCCGCAGCCGAUAAGCCCCGCGUGGGGUGGGGACAUGUUUAUCUUGCGACACGGGGGGACGCGGGGAAGCGCCCGUGACCCACGCACGAGUAAAUAAAUAACCGGUUCCGACACCGGACCGGCUUCCCCGGGACUGGAGCUGGGUCCGUCCCCCGGGAGCCCCCCCGGGGCUGGUACAUCUCGUCGGGUCCAACGCGGGAUCCCCGCGGCUGGAUCCGGGUCUGUCCCCCGGGACUCGUCCCCCGGCCGACUCUGGGGUCGCGACCCCCGGGGCCGGUUCUGUCCCCCUACACCGGGGCUGGGUCCGUCCCGGCCGGUCCAACCCAGGACCGCCGGUGGGGCAGCUCUGCCCGCCGAUGGUCGCGGGGCGGGGGUGUCGGGGUUACGGGGCGGAGAUGACACGGUGACAUCCCGUUCACAGCCGCGGAGGUACCCAGACCAUACACCGGGUGUGGAGGAGCGGACUCCGGGCCCGGUGCUCACGGAGCGGAGGUCGCCCCAAAGCGCUCCCGGAGCCCUCCAGGCCCGCAGGUCAUCCCGAUGAGCCUCCUCAGGGGACAGAGCAUGGCCCCAGCCCUCCCGCUGCUGCUGCUGCUCUGGGUGUUUGUCCCCACGGUGGUCCCAGAGGUGUUUGGCCCCGGAGAUGGCUCAGAGGACCUCAAGGCUCUGCAGGUCUCCAUCCCACGCCACCCAGCCCUGGACGCUGUCCUGGCAGGCGACAUCACCAUCCCCUGCCUCAUCACCUACCUUGGCCCCCAGCCCACUGCUGGCACAGGCGGCCGCCGGGCGGUCCUGGGAACCCCCCGGGUCAAGUGGACCUUCAUCUCUGAGGGCAGGGAGGUGGAGAUCUUGGUAGCUCGGGGGGACAGGGUGAAGGUGAGCGAGGACUACCGGCUGCGCGCCUCCCUGCCCAUCUUCCACCAGCGCUACACCAACGCCUCUCUCCUGCUCACCGAGCUGCGCCCCAACGACUCGGGCAUCUACCGCUGCGAUGUGCAGCACGGCAUCGAGGACGGCCACGACAUCCUCGAUGUCAAAGUCAAAGGGGUGGUGUUUCACUACCGGGAGGGCUCCAUGCGCUACGCCUACACCUUUGCCGAGGCACAGGAAGCUUGUGCCCGGAUCGGCGCCAGCAUCGCCACCCCCGAGCAGCUCUACGCUGCCUACCUGGGGGGCUACGAGCAGUGCGACGCCGGCUGGAUCGCCGACCAGACCGUCAGGUACCCCAUCCAGACACCCCGUGAGGCCUGUUACGGAGACAUGAACGGCUUCCCUGGGGUGAGGAACUAUGGAGUGGUGGACCCAGAGGACAUGUACGAUGUGUACUGCUACGCUGAGGACCUCCCAGGGGAGAUCUUUUUGGAGACGGCCCCAGACAGGUUCACGCUGGAGGAGGCGGCGCAGCGCUGCCGGGCGCUGGGCGCUGAGCUGGCGAGCCCGGGCCAGCUGUACGCAGCCUGGAACGCGGGGCUGGACGCCUGCAGCCCCGGCUGGCUGGCCGACGGCAGCGUCCGCUACCCCAUCGUCACCCCGCGGGAGCGCUGCGGGGGCGCUCUGCCGGGCGUCAAAACCAUCUUCCUCUUCCGAAACCAGACGGGAUUCCCCGAUGCCCAGAGCAGAUACGAUGCGUACUGCUUCCGAGAAGGGACAAACUCUUUCCCUGAGGCUGCAGGAAAAUACCAAGCCCAAGAGCCCGAGGAGAAUCUCCUCCAGGAGAUUGUCACAGUGGCAGAAAAGCUGGAGGAGCUGCAGCUGCCCAGAGCGCAAGUGGAGAUUGAGUCGCGAGGGGCUGUUUACGCCGUCCCUUUCUUUGAGGACUCUGAUCUGGGAAAGCCGAGCCAGUCCCCUGAAGACGCCCUGGGGCCAGGGGCCCGGCACCCCCCACUAGCUACCUCUGCAGAGGAGAAACAGGGAGCAGCGCAGGGCAGAGGCCCCGGCAGCGCAUCGGCAGAGAGCCCGGGCGGAGGGCGAGACCUCAGCCAGCCCGUGGAGCCAGAGGGACCGACCGCUGCCCCAGCAGAGAGCCGAGAACCUGGUGGGACCUCCCGCCGCGGGCACAAGUCCGGCGGGGCGAGUGCCCCGUUUUCUGCCGCUGAAGACGCCGAGCUCUCCGGAGAUGUGGUCGAAAGCCCUCGGGCGUCCCCGCUGCCCUCUGCGCCCUCGCAGACGCAGGAGGAGGGAGAGGAGCAGUCGGGAGCCGUGUGGCUCCCCUCGCCUGCGGUCCCGGGGGACGGGAGCACUGUCCCCGCAGUGACACCGUGGCACGCAGAACUGCCCGGCAGCAGCAGCGCACCGGCCCCGGGAGGAGAGGAGGCUGCGCCGCCACCGCCGGGCGCUGACGGCGGGAUGCCUGCUGCAGCUUCCGAGGAAGAGGAGGAGGAGGAGGAAGAGCAACCUGCUCCCUCCAUUGCAACCGUGGAGGGUUUCCUUACAGCCGUUCCUGGAGAAGCAGGUGGCUGUGUCCCCAACCCCUGCCUGAACGGAGGGACCUGUGUGGAGGACGGCGCCCACCUCACCUGCUUGUGCCUUCCUGGCUACGGAGGCAGCAGCUGUGAAAGACCACUGCGGAGGUGCAGCCCCGGCUGGGACAGCUUCCAGGGAGCCUGCUACAAGCACUUCUCCACCCGGAGGAGCUGGGAGGACGCAGAGACUCAGUGCAGGCACUACGGGGGACACCUGGCCACCAUCCUGACCCCCGAGGAGCAGGACUUCAUCAACGACCAGUACAGGGAAUACCAGUGGAUCGGCUUGAACGACCGGACCAUCGAGGGGGAUUUCCAGUGGUCUGACGGGAGCCCCUUGCUCUACGAGAACUGGCACCCCGGGCAGCCCGACAGCUACUUCCUCUCUGGGGAGAACUGCGUGGUUAUCGUGUGGCACGACGGGGGCCAGUGGAGCGACGUGCCCUGCAACUACCACCUCUCCUACACCUGCAAAAUGGGGCUGGUGCAGUGCGGGCCCCCCCCCGCCCUCAGCAACGCCCGCGCCUUUGGCAAACCAAAGCAGCGCUACGAGAUCGGCUCCACGGCGAGGUACCAGUGCCGGCACGGCUUCACCCCGCGCCGCUCGCCCAUCAUCCGCUGCCGGGAGGACGGCACAUGGGAGCUGCCCCAGCUGGCCUGUCGCCCUGGCGUGGCUCAGCCCCCCAACAACUGAGGGAGUCCCUGGGGUUGCAGCCACCACAUCCCCAAGCCCUGGAGCCGGUGUGGAUGGGGACGGCACUGGGACCCUGGAGCAGAGCCCAGCGUGGUGUGAAACCUCACUGCUGGGUGUCUGCCCCCUUGCUUGGUUUAUAUCUGUACAAAGAAAUCCUAAUAAUUAAAGACUCCCUUGAAAGGAGUCGACAGUGACCCAAAAUGCAGCACAACAGGAGUUUUGUCCCCAGAGUCACAACGGAGUUGAAACCAAGAGGGACACCAUGGGCAGGGCAUGGCAGUGACGUGCCAGCAUCGCCUCCAGCCCUUUCCCCCCACCUCUGCCCCAAGAGUCCUCCUGCUGUGACACCCUGGUGGGGAUGGACAUGGGGACAUACAAACUCUGCUGCAGCUCAGCAUCCAUGCUGAGGUGUGGGAGGUUUCUGCACUUCCCUGGAAAGGCAGAAGGUGCUGCCACAGGCUUGGACUGGGUACAUGUUGC